CCGGUCUCAUCGAACAACUGGUUAGGUCACUUCCGUGCGAACUCCUUGAUAGCACAUGAUGUGGAUGACGUGAAUCAUUUGCUCAAAUAGCCUUGAUAAAUUCACUGAGGAGAAGAGAAGGGCGCAAUACCGCUCAGUGUCCUGUAUCUGAUAUUGCUGAUAUUGGGUAGUAAUACUGUUGCUCGCCAUUUUUACUGCGGAUGCGGCAGAAUCAUACGUCACCCCUACUGUAGAGGAUCAUGAAAAGCAUAAUAUUACAUAGAGACUCCUGAAAAAUAGAAAGAAAGGUCAUGCCCUGGGUGCCCGGAUGUCAAUAACUAUUUUUGCGCGGGACCGUCUUCCUGUACAAAGUGAGUGGUGUUGUUUCAUUUUGUUGGGCGCAUUUCGUGUUUGGAGGACGACAAGUAACCGUGAUAGCUAAUCAAGACUUUGCAUAUAGACUUCUGCAGGAAUUAACAAGACAGUUUGUCGAAUUAUUGAAAAUGGAUUUCAAAUUUCAAAGACUCUUCGAGACAGGUGAACAUAUUUCCUGAUGCUAAAACAAAUGACAAAUAAGUUGUAAGAAAAGCGAUUAGUUGUCUCAAGUUUCGUAAUUUACUCAAAAAGUCAAACGUGUUUCUAAGAUGAUUCAGAACAUCACGGACGGCGAUCUCAUUCAGGAAUGGCUGGAGUACAUGCUGCAAAGAAAUCUGCCACACGUGACCAUCCUUUUGAUCUUUCUGAUAACAGGAAUCGUGGGUAACACGACUGUGAUAUAUGUGUACGCUUUCAAAAUGAGGCGAUGUCGCGAGGACAGAUUCUUUAUUCCUGCUCUAGCGGUCACCGACCUCCUGGCCACGAUUGUGACGUGCUUGUAUCACAGUAUCAAGACUCUAGCCGUCAAGAAAGUCAAUUCGGACAUCCUCUGCAAAGUACCACUGUUUUUAAUGUGGAGCACUUCAACAGCUUCUGCCAUGUUGUUACUGAUGAUUGCAAUUCACCGCUCCAUUAAAGUGCGCCAACAACCAGGAAACAUUCUGAGCUCCAAGUUGAAGAAAGGCGCGAUUAUUCUGACUAUCGUUGUUUCCAUAGCUAUCAAUGCCCCCAUCUUGUAUUUCGCCGGAGUAAGAGAGUUCACGACCUCCUAUAAGGGAGCGAAUAUCACCGUCACUGGGUGCUUUACAGGAAAUUCGGGUCAUAAAUCGCUGGAACAAGCCUACGUGAUUUUCGUCUUUCUAGUUGCCGUUGGCAACAUCAUAGCAACCACUGGUCUCUACAUUCCCAUUGGCUGCGUUAUCUACAAAAUCUCCAGGCAGAACAAAAAUGUCGAUCGGCCACGGUCCAGGAGCCGUGCGUUUUCCUUUAUCAGCGAAGCACAGAGCAGCAUCAGUGACACAAGCGAUCGAGAAAAGAAAUACCCCACACCUAGCGAGCUGGACAAUGUCAAACUAAACCGUCAGGAAUAUCGCACGCGCAACCGCACCAACUUCAACAAGAUGUUCGCCAUUUUAGUUCUCUUCUACGCAGUGUCAUACUUUCCAUCGUUCAUCUUCGUCUUUCUCAGCCGAGGAGACCCGAACUUCUACAAUCGGCUCCCUUCGUUUUUGUCCAAUCUGUUUUUAACAUUACAGAGACUUUUCAUUGUAAACCACAUCGUGAACCCGUUGGUGUACGGUUAUUUUGAUCUCAAAUUCAGACAGAAGCUUGCUAACAUGUGCUGUUUCAAAAAACCCAGGGCAUACUAAAGUUAUUUACAUGUACGUUACUUGUAAAACUUUUCAUUUUCCUUAUAAGGAUUUUGUAAUGCUUAUUUAUAUGUCUGCAACAUAAUUUCAUGUUUUAGAUGCUUAUUUAUUAAAAAUUAAAUUAAAUCAACUGAAAACCA